CGGGCCGCCCCGCGGAGGGGGCGCUGGCUCGGGGCGGCCCCGGGGCCCCGCCGCUCCGCCGCUGACCGCUGCCCCCAGCCCCCCCCCCCCCGAGGAUGAGGAGCCGCCCGGCGCUGGCGACGCUGCUCGUCCUGGCGCUGCCGCUCGCCCUCGCCCGCCGCCCCCCCGCCGCCCCGCCGGGCCCCGCGCCCCCCGCACAGGGGAUGCCCGGCCCGGAGCCGCUGCCCUGGAGAGCCCGCGGCAGCCCCGGGGCCGCCUACGCCGCCGUGCUGCAGCUGCUGCGGGAGGAGGACGCCGGUCCCCCCGCGGCUCCGCAGAAGCGUAAGUCCCGCCCGGUCCCGGUCCUGGUCCCGGUCCCGGUCCCGGCGCCGCAGCCGGGCCCCGCGGCGCUGACGGCGGGUCUCUCCGCAGGGGACAUGCACGACUUCUUCGUGGGGCUCAUGGGGAAGAGGGCGGCGGAGCCCGGGCGGCCGGCGGGGCGGGGGAGCGGCGGUCCGUCCGACCGGUGCUCCCCGGGACCCCCGACGGCCGGCGGGGCCCCGCCGCGGGCGGCGUGAGCCGCGGGCCGAGCCGGCGGGGCUGGACGGGGCGCGCCCCCGCGGCCCCCCCGCCCCGCCACGGGGACCGGCCUGGGCCGUGCCCCGUGCCCCGUGCCCCGCGGGCGAGGCACCGCCACCGGGGACGGCGGUACCGGCGGGGGAGGGCGUCCCGGGCUCCGCCGCCGCGGAGCCGUGGUGGGAGCCGCCGGGGCCGCGCUGCCGCCGUUCCGACCCACGCACGCGUGUCCCUGCACGCGCCCCCCGCCCCCGGCGGCAGCUGGGCCGUUCCGAACACCCGCGUACACGCACCCGUACCUGUACCGUCCGGCCGGUUACGUACACCUGUAUACAUCCACCCGUGCCUCGGCGGGACACGCGCCCCGACC